AAACAACAUCGUUUGUUUGGUAACGAAGACCAUUCAAAAUUGAGUCAUGUGUUGGCGAAUAACCCUGUAAAAGAAAUUUCUUCGUUUAUUGCUAUAAAGCAAAAUCAACUAGCAUCAAUAAUACUAUCUUCGUUUUAAUCUAACGGUCGUCAUGUGAAUUAUAUCUUCAUUAUUUGUUAUAAAAUUAUCAAUAGUUCCACAAUAAUAAAUCAAUGAUCGUUUUUAUUAUUUAGAGAUUUGUUUUAAAAAUGGCUACAUUAAAAGGUGUUUUUCCUAACCUAACAACGACCAGAAAAAAAAAUUUUAUUCACGAAAAUGUAAAAAAUUUACGACGAAUGGAACAAUGUUUUCAUUCCAAUAAAGAAACUGAUGAGCUUGAAAAAUUACAGAUAAAUAGGCAUAGAAAAAAAAUAAAUAAAUAUUCCAACAUUACUGCAAAAGUGAAUACUAGUUUCCAUGGAAACUUACAGAAUAAUCAUAUGGAAAAUAUAAUGUCAAAUAAACAAACCGAAAUUAUACAGAAAGAACCAUUACGAAAAAUAAGUACUCCUAUACUUAAUAAAAAGAAUUCUAUGCCUAUAAAAAAACCACUCAAUUCAUUAACAAAUAAAUUGGCAAAUAAACAAACAAGAAAAGAAAAUUUAGAUACUAAAAAUAUACAGCAAGGAUCUAAGAUAAAGGUUACAUCUGACCCAAAUUUUAUACAAAAAUCUCGAGAGGAUGUAAACAAUUCUUUGCCUAUAAAUACCAAAUAUAAACAUAAAGGUAUUCAAACAAUAGAAGACAAACACAUAGAUCAGCUAUAUAUGGAAGGUGUUAUCAGAUACCCCACUAAGAAGAAUUUAAAGAAUAAUGAAGAAAAGAAUAAAAAUGAAUCUUCUAAACUUUUGAAUAGUUCAUCAGAGAUAGAAAGUGCACGAAUUGCUAGUUUGGAGUUACAUGAUUCUCCAAAAAUUUCAGAGUUACCAAUAGUCAAUGAUAAAACUGACUUUGUAAAGUCAAAUAAAGAUCGUAAUUCUAUUGCUAGUAAAAUAGCUGCACAGUUAAAUAAUGGUGUAGUUCCUACUAAUUAUCGCAAGGGAGUUGUCCCCAAAUAUAUUAAGGAUCGAAAAGAAGCUCUGCAAAAAGAAGAAGCUAAAGCAACUACAUUCUACCCUGAAUGCCCAGAAGGCCAUGUCCCCUUACCGGAUCACGAGCGUCAGGAGACUCUGCGAAUGCUGAAAAAAAAUUAUCAAGAUUAUGUUAACGAAUUAAAUAUGAUGCCCAUAAAAACGGAUACACUCAGAGCUCAGAGAAGGAAAAUGGAAAUUGAAAAGCAAUUGAAUAAACUAGAGGAGGGUAUAAAAGUAUUUUCAAGACCUAAAGUUUAUGUGAAAAUAAAUGCUUAAACAUUAGAUUCAUACCAGAUUCAAUAGGUACAAACAGGGAAGCGUUUUUAACAAAAUAUAUUAAUAAAAUGUUGUAUAUUGUGUCAGAAUCCAGGGUAUUUGCACAAUUGACUUUAUAUCAAUCGUUUCACAAAUCAAAAAAUAACUUGUAUAUACAUUUUAUGUGAAAAUUAUCUAGUCUCAUUAUUUAUAAUUAGCUUGUACAUUGCAAUUUCAAGUGAAAAUGAAAUAUAUAUUAUAUGUAUUUUUCCAAGAAAUAUGUACUCAUGUUUUAACAUAAUACAACAAAUCUAUUCUAA